AUGAUGGCCCAUUUGAAAGGUUAAUGAGGAACCAGGAAGCUAGAAGAAACCCACAGGAAGAUCCUACUAUGGUCUAUGGUGCUGUUAGGUACUAAUCCCCUUACUCUUUACCCACCUACACUUUGAGAUUGACAACCCAACUUCUUUGUUCAACUCUCCCAUUUUUGUUACUUUCAUUUAAAGGCAAGAUCUUUUCUUUACAUCUCAAUUCUUAUUUUAUUUGUGAUAUAUCAUUUUGUCUCUCAAAUACAAAUUUUUUUCCUAAUAUAUAAGACUACAUAAAUACUCACUGCUACCUUUCAUGACCACCCCAAUACUUCCUUCUUCAAUCAGAUCUUCCUACUUUCCUUCUAAUUUCACCAUUUUCAUCAAUUUUCUGAGGUGUCAAAGUGAAGAAUUUGAUCAGUAAAAGGAAUUGCCUAAGAUGAGUGAAAGUAGAGGAGGUUUUCAGCUUGGAACUGUUGGGGCUUUGAGUCUCUCAGUUGUAUCAUCUGUUUCUAUUGUCAUUUGCAAUAAAGCCCUUAUUAGUUCUUUGGGUUUUAAUUUUGCUACUACAUUGACGAGCUGGCAUCUGCUUGUUACUUUUUGCUCUCUUCAUGUAGCUUUGCAAAUGAAAUUUUUUGAGCACAAACCUUUUGAGCGUAAAGCUGUUUUGGGGUUUGGCAUUCUGAAUGGAAUUUCCAUUGGACUUCUAAAUCUCAGUCUGGGCUUCAAUUCUGUUGGUUUCUAUCAGAUGACAAAGCUUGCAAUCAUUCCUUGCACUGUUUUUCUAGAAACAGUAUAUUUUAAGAAGAAAUUCAGCCGGAGCAUACAAAGUUCUCUUGCUGUCCUUCUUAUAGGCGUGGGCAUUGCAACUGUUACAGAUCUGCAGCUCAAUGCUCUGGGCUCUUUCUUAUCUUUCCUUGCAGUGGUCACAACCUGUGUUGCACAGAUUAUGACAAAUACCAUCCAGAAGAAGUUUAAAGUAUCAUCAACUCAACUUUUGUACCAAUCCAGUCCUAUACAAGCAGCAACGCUGUUGAUCUCUGGGCCAUUUCUCGACAAGCUUUUGACAAAUCAAAAUGUUUUUGCUUUCAAAUAUACGUCUCAAGUAGUGAUGUUUAUCAUUCUUUCGUGUUUGAUAUCUGUCUCCGUAAAUUUCAGUACUUUUCUCGUGAUUGGAAAGACGUCUCCGGUCACUUAUCAGGUGCUGGGACAUCUGAAAACAUGCCUUGUUUUGGCAUUUGGCUACAUCUUGCUUCAUGAUCCAUUUAGCUGGAGGAAUAUUUUGGGAAUUCUGAUUGCCUUAAUGGGAAUGAUUCUGUAUUCCUACUAUUGUACCCGAGAAGGUCAGAAGAAGGCCGUUGAAGUAGCACCAUUGUCUCAGGUCAUGGGAGAUGAAUCCGAUCCUUUAAUUAAACUUGAAAAUGGAUCCAAAGUGUCUACCUGAUGUGAACUUACCGGAAACACUUCUAAGGAACUCUAACAUAGUGUUUCAUUGUUCGUUGGGUUGCUCGAUUUUAUCAGCCAGUAUUCAGCACAGCGACAACUGUUUUUGUGAAGAAUACUAGUAGAGUGAGUUGGAAUUCUCAUAUAAUUGUUAUCAUCUGGUAGAUCAACAGGUGAAUGGGUAUGGGCUGGUAUUUUGGGAGCUUUCAGCAAUUGCUUGGCAGUUAUUUGUGGAAUUUGAAGAACUGCCCCUUCAUUAUCACCACUUUUUGUCUUAUAGUAGUUUUGUUAUGCCAAUAGAUCAUCAUUAAUUUGUUCUUAAUAUAGUGCAAAUGUUAUUAUAGAUUUUAUAAAUAAGAUCCUGAUUAAAGA